GGGCGGGGCGGCGGCGUUUGGUCCCCGCCCCCUUCCGCGCUGCGCGUGCGGCGGCCCCGCGGGCUGCGCCAGGCCCCGCUCCCGCCGCGGCGGCACGGACAAGCCCGGAGACCGGAUGGUGUCUGCAGUUGCCACAAGUCCCAGGCUGGGGUGAGACAUCUCCUGGUGGAGAAAAUGGCUACUGAGCUGGAGCCCGUGGCAGCCGUGCGCCUUCCCUUCACAGCCCUGGUGCAGUUUAAGGUGAAGCUGGAGGAGCAGGAGCCAGGAGAUCUCUAGGCAUGAGCAGAGGGGGUGGACAAAGUCCCUGGUGUCAUCAAGGCCUGGACCGAUGGGGCGUCCCCCACCCCGCCGUGCUCGGCACCGCAGACAGUCGGACAGCAGGUGCUGGAGGAGCCGGUCGAUGGCCAGGAGAUGCAGGGCCGGGAGGUGAAGCAGCCCCCGUCUGAAGCGGAGCGGGACUUGGCGACCCCCCCACCAGCACCGGGACACGACCUCCCCGCCUGAGAGACUUGGCGCCAGCGCUUCCGGGACAUCUGUUACCAGGAGGCAAAGGGGACUUGGGAGCUGGCCCAGCGCUGGCUGGAGCCCCAGCGCCGCAGCAAGGAGCAGAUGCUGGAGCUGGUGGUGCUGGAGCAGUUCCUGGCCAUCCUGCCCCGGGAGACGCGGAGCUGGGAGUGGGGGCGCGGCGUGGAGACCUGCGCCCAGGCCGUGGCCCUGGCCGAGGGGGCUCAGCCGGGGCAGGUCACAGUGAGUAUGAAGAUCGAGGAGGUGUCCUCAGACAAGAUGCAGCCCACUGGGUCAUUGCAGGAGCCUGGUGAUUGCUGGCUGGAGCAGCCAAAGGCCCAUCCUGCAGACAUGUCUCUAGAAGAGGCAGGACAGAGGGAAACCCCAAGGCCUCAGGACAAGACACCUCAUGUCCCCAAAAAGGAGCACCCACCCGACCAGAAGUCAGCAGAUGCUCCUAAAGCAGAGGAGACCUGGGACUGGUCAGCAAAUAAGAGGUCCUCAGACUGGUGCCCAGAAGGAAGUCUUUCCUUAGGAGCAGGGACCCUUAGUAGAGCUGAUGAGCAGCCUUCUGAGGAAGGGCCUGUAAUCCUGGAGCUGUGGUGGACUUCCCCAGGGAGAAUGGGAGAAAUGGGCUCCCUUAUGCCUGAACCAGGCCAACUGGAGAAAGGACAAAGCAUGCCUCCAAAGCAGGGGGAGAGCUUGGAGCUCUGGGAUGCCUUUGAGGAUGUGGCUCUGCAUUUCACAAGAAAGGAGUGGGAGCUGCUGGAGGAUGAAGACAAGGUGCUUUACCGGGACCAGAUGCUGAGGAAUUACCAAGCCCUCAUUUCCCUGGGAUAUGGAGGUCCCACACCUGACUUAAUCUGCCGCAUCCAGCGAGGAGAGGAGGAGCUCUGGGUCUGUGAUGAUGAGGACCAUAGGGAGAUCUCAUGGUCAGAGGAGCUGCUGCCAGGAGGUGCCAGGCUGCUGAGCAGAGCUGAGGAGCAGGCUUCUGAGGAAGGGCCUGCAGACCUGGAGCCAUCAUGGACUUCCCCAGGGUGUUUGGGUGCACUGGACUUGCUGAGACCUGAGAAGGAGCCACGGCACAACAGUCAGGGGAGGCCCCACAAGCACAAGGAGAAUGUAGCAGUGAAUCAGGUACCAUCUCCAGUUGAGCAUGAGAGUGGAGAAGGGACCCAAGCCAGAAAGAGCCCUGGGUGCAGGGAAGAAUUUGUGGAGCUGAGAGACCUGAAGAACCACAAGGCAGAGUUCCACUGGAGAGAGAGACUGCAUCCAAACAACGCCAGUGGAGAUGGCCUCAGAGGGAAGCAGGAGCUCAUCACCAAGCCCAAGGGGAGAGCCCACCCCUGCCCUGAGUGCAGGAAAACCUUUAUCUGCCCAUCACUCCCAGCUCUGCACAAGAUAAGACCAGCUAGGGAGAAGCCCUACAUAUGCUCCAGGUCUGGGAAGAGCUUCACCUGCCCCUUACCCCUGGCUGUUCACCGCAAGAUCCAUUCUAAAGUGCUCCCCAACUGCUUCCCCAAAUCUGGGAAGAGCUUUAUGUUGUCCUUGGCCCUGUUCCAGAACCAGCACAGGCACAGGGAGAAGCGUCAGUACUGCUGUGUCAAGUGUGGUAAGACCUAUACCCGUUUCUCCUCCCUGGCUUGGCACCGGAGCAUGCACUUGGGGUGGAGGACACACCACUGCACCAAGUGCAGGAAGAACUUCAUGUGCUGGCAAGGCCUCUCCCAGCACCAGUGUGUGCAAAGAGAGCAGCCAAACCACUGUACCAAGUGUGGGAAGAACUUCAGGCAACCCUCCAGCCUAGCCAGGCACAUGCAAAUGCACGCAAAGGAGAAGCCAUAUCUUCUCUCUGAGUAUAGUAAGAGCUUUACCAUCCUGGCCAAACACGAGCUCAUCCACACAGUGGAGAAGCCACAUCAGUGCUUUGAGUGUGGGAAAAGCUUCACCUGUGCUUCUUACCUGGCACAGCACCAGCUCAUCCACACAAUGCAGAGGCCACAUCAGUGCUCUGUGUGUGGGAAGGGCUUCUCCCAGUCUUAUUACUUGGCCCAGCACCGGUGCAUCCACAAAGGGGACAAGCCACAUCAGUGCCCAGAUUGUGGGAAAAGGUUCACCCGGUCCUCCAACCUGGCCCAGCACAAGCGCAUCCACACGGGAGAGAAGCCGUAUCAGUGCAGUCAGUGUGGGAAAAGCUUCAUCCGGUCCUCCAGUCUGGCCCAGCACCAACGCAUCCACACAGGAGAGAAGCCACAUCAGUGCUCUGUGUGUGGGAAAAGCUUUACACAGUCCCCCAACCUGGUCCGGCACCAACGCAUCCACACAGGGGAGAAGCCACAUCAGUGCCCUGAGUGUGGGAAAAGCUUCACCCGCUCUUGCUACCUAGCACAACACCAGCUCAUCCAUACAGUGGAGAAACUACAUCAGUGCACUGUGUGUGGAAAGAGCUUUACCAAAUCCUGUCACCUAGCCCGGCACCAGCGCAUCCAUAUGCGGGAAAAAUCACAUCAGUGCUCUGAGUGUGGGAAAAGCUUCACCUGCUCUUCCCAACUGGCACAACACCAGGUCGUCCAUACAGGGGAGAGGCCACAUCAGUGCUCUGUGUGUGGGAAGAGCUUCACCCAAUCCUCCAGCCUGGCUCGGCACCAGCAUAUCCACAUGGGGGAGAAGCCACAUCAGUGCUCAGAGUGUGGGAAGAGCUUCACCAACCCCUACAACCUGGCCCAACAUCAGCGCAUCCACACGGGGGAGAAGCCACAUCACUGCUCUGUGUGUGGGAAGAGCUUUACCCAAUCCUCUCACCUGGCCCGCCACCAGCGCAUCCAUACGGGGGAGAAGCCGCAUCAGUGCUUUGUGUGUGGGAAGAGCUUCACCUGCUCUUCCCAACUGACACAGCACCAGGUCGUCCACACCGGGGAGAGGCCACAUCAGUGCUCUGAAUGUGGGAAGAGCUUCACCCAAUCCUCCAGCCUGUCCCAGCACCAACGCAUCCACACAGGGGAGAAGCCACAUCACUGUUAUGAAUGUGGAAAGAGCUUUACUAACUCCUCUAGCCUGUCCCAGCACCAGCGCAUCCACACUGGGGAAAAGCCACAUCACUGCUCUGAGUGCGGAAAGAGCUUUACCCAGUCCUCCCACCUGGCCCAGCACCAGCGCAUGCACACAGGAGAGAAGCCGCACCAGUGCUUGGAGUGUGGGAAAAGCUUCACCAACUCCUCCAAUCUGGCCCAGCACCAACGUAUCCACACAGGGCAGAAACCGUAUGAGUGCUCUGUGUGUGGGAAGAGCUUCACCCAGUUCUUCAGCUUGGCCCAGCACCAGCGCAUCCACACAGGGGAGAAGCCAUAUCAGUGCUCUGUGUGUGGGAAGAGCUUUACCCAGUCCUCCCACUUGGCCCAGCACCAGCGCACCCACACGGGAGAGAAACCACAUCAGUGCUUUGAGUGUGGAAAAAGCUUCACCCGUUCUUGCUACCUGGUACAGCAUCAGCGCAUCCACACAGGGGAGAAGCCACAUCAGUGCUCUGAGUGUGGGAAAAGCUUCAGCCACUCCUCUAGCCUGGCCUGGCACCAGCGCAUUCACACCCGGGAGUAUCCAUAAUUCAGUCAGCAAUACAUGAAGGGUUUGGUGGUGCCUACCUGCUCAGCACCCACGACUAGCUGCAAUAAGGAAAGCAGGCCCAUGCUGGUGUACUGAAGAAAGAAUGCACCCAGCCUUCAGCCCAUGUAGGGUGCUGCAGAACCCAAGGGACCCAGAGGCUGGUCCCCAAGGUUUGAUUGGGAGCAGGGGCUAAGAGGAAAUGCCUCAAGCAGAGGCCAGCCCAAAUGCUGGGGAAGCUGUGUUGAGACAAUCUUUGCAUCCUCCUUGGAGCCUAUGCAUUCCCCAUCAUUCUCUAAAAGUCUAAAAGCUGCCUGUUCUUCCUAGGGGGAACAAAUACCUUCACAAUAGGGUGCCCUCCCUAAGACACACAUCUCCAAAUGACACCCAGAGAUUGUCCUUGGCCACCUUCCAGCUUUGUCCUCCUUCCUGUUCCCAGGCUUCUGGUAUCUGAGACUCUUGAGUUGUAAGGAGGAUCUUUAUGGCUGGGGAAGUAUUCACUGCUAUCCACCUUGACCUUGCCUUUCCUCCCCACAGCAUCAGCUUUCUCCUUGGCCUGUUCAUGCCCACUGGAUAUCUGCAAGGAGCGCCUACUCCCACCCCAAGCCCAGUUUUGCAGGUUUUGCUUUGCAGCUUCUCCAAAACUCUGCACCACUGGCUGCCUGCUGCUCUCCCUGUCCUGCUUCCCUUCAUUUCAUUCUUUAUAAUGCAUUCCCUACUAAAGCCUCAGAACUACUCUUUGCCUCUGCUGCCCCAUUUCCUCUUCACCCCUUCACCCCUGCUACUCUUGUUUCUCUUAGUCCUUCCCCACAGUCAAGGCUUAGGGACCAGCCUCUGGGUCCUUUGAGUUCUGCUGCACCCUGCAUGGGCCAAAGGCUGGGUGAAUUCAUUCUUCAGUACACCAGUAUGAGUCCACUUUCCCGAAUAUAGCCACUGGUAAGUGCUGAGCAGGGGCUUAUUCCCCUUAAUUCAGCACUGGGGAGGCAAAAUCUGGAGUACUGUGUUCAGUUUUGGGACCUCCACUACAGAAAGGAUGCGGACAAAUUGGAGAGAGUCCAGUGGAGGGUGACAAAAGUGGUGAUGGGACUGGGGGAAAUGACUUAGGAAAGACUGAGGAAACUGGGUGUAUUUAGUCUAGAGAAAAGAAAACAGGGGAUUUAAUAGCAGCCUUCACCUACUUGAAGCAGGGUUUGAAAGAGGACGGAGCUGGACUGUUCUCAGUGGUGGCAGAUGACAGAUCAAGAAGCAAUGGUCUCAAGUUGCAGCAAGGGAAGUUUCGGUUAGAUGUUAGAAUGAAUUUUCUCACUAGAAGGGUAGUAAACCACUGGAAUGGGUUACCCAGAGAAGUGGUGGAAGCUCCCUGCUUGGAGGUUUUCAAAACCUGGCUAGGCAAAGCUUUGGCUGGGAUGAUCUAGUCAGGGCUGGUCCUGCUUUGAGCAGGGCAUUGGAGUAGUUGUGACCUCCUUAGGUCCCUUUCAACCCUAACUUUCUAUGAUUUCUUGACUGCACAUGAGAAGACUGGGGGGGGGAUUUGGUGGCUGUAAAGUGUGAAUAUCAGGAGCUGGGAGAGAAACUGUUCACCAGGGUGCUCCAGGGGGGGACAAGGAGAAAGGGUCAUAAACUGUUAGAGGAUGGUUUCAGGUUGAUGUAAAUAACUUCUUUACAGUAAGGGUGACCAGAAUCUGGAAUAGACUUCCCAAGGAGGUGAUGCAGUCCUUGACCUUUGAAGCCUUCAAGAGGAGACUGGACAGAUACCUUGCUGGGAUCAUUUGAUCUCAGUUGUAUUCCUGCCAAGAGCAGGCGGAUUGGACUCUUUGAUCUUUUGAGGUCCCUUACAGCUCUUAAUUUCUAUGAUUCUUUGAUCCUUGUUGUUGGUUUCUGUGUCCUCUCCAGAGCUGUGUAAUGCGAACAGACCAGGGCCCAGCACCCUUUCCAGGGCAAAUCUCUGUGACUUCCCACCCCUUCCCUUUCCAGAGGAUUCACUGCAAUCCAGGGGUUGUUGCUAAGCCUUGGGAGCAGUUCAUCCCACUCAAGGCCUCUUUCCCAUGUCUUGCUGUGCAACAAGGACCAUACCCUUUUGAAGGAACCUCUCUGGCCAGGGGACAGUGGAGUCUCUUUUCUGGGUGAAAUAGGGUAGAUGGGGUGAAGGAGGUGCCUCUUUGAAUACUAAGGCCUCCCAGCUAGCGCCAAAGCCAUUUAGCUCCAUGAUUAUUGUGGGGAAACGCAUCCUGCUGCUUCCUGCUCUGCAGAUUCCUGCAAAUCCCAAGGUACCCAGCCCCUGCAAGGGGAUGCUGGCCCCAUCACUGCUAACUCCAGGGAGAUAGAAGCGCAGGGAGGGAGAGUUUCCCCCUCCCUCUCAGCUCCUGAGCGAUCCCAGCGUGUAAAAGCGAGGGGAGCAUUUUUCAUGCAGAGGUAGCUCGGGCUGUAUCCUGGGACCUCCUACUGAGAGAGGUGCCUGGGGCUGCUCCCAGCUCAGGCAGCAAGCAGAAGGGGUAUGAUAUAGAGACCCCAGAUUGGGUGCUGGGGUUUCAGAGCUCAGAGACAGCAGCCACCAAAGCACAGCCUUUGCAGCAGAGACUACUGAAGGACUCAGCUCCCCAGGUGCAGGAGCAGAACAUGAGACUUCUGAGCAGACUCCUAGUCAUGACCAGAGACAGCAAUGGGGAGCAAAGCCUUUGCCAUUGGGGCUGUGGAGGGGGCCCAGGGAGGCUGUGGAAGGGCCUGGUGUUAUCACUGCCCCUGGGGGAGCAACUGCCCUAUGCGCUGCCAUCACGGAGGAGAUGAUCACACCUGGUGGCUCUGGCAUCACUGUUUGGGGCACAGAGGCUUGGCCUUUCUGUCUCUGGCCAGGUCCUGGGCAUGGAGAGAGAAGGAGGGUGCUGGGUCUGCAGGACUCGGACAGACUCAUGGGCAACAGGAGUGAUGCGGGGAGUAGGGGAAGCUCUCCCCUCCUUCACCACAUUGAUGGGACUUGUCUCUUCUUGAUGGGAUGUCCCUGCUCCUUUUCUGCUCUGUGCUCUCCCUCGCAGAUGCCUUUCUGACCCACUCUGUCUUCUGGGAAAUAUUCUCUAUGGGUUUCCUUGCUGCUUCCUUGGCCAAUGCGAGGGGUGUCUUAUUGUGGACAGUUCAUUGUAGUCUCAGUCAUAAACUCAAAUGUGUCUGUGCCUAGACGUGCAUCCCAGCAGGAUUCAGUCCUAGAGCUCAGGGGGCAGCACACUUCAGGGAUGGGAAGAGCCAAGGGUGUAUUAUCUUAUCAUUGAUCCACUCUGCCCAUGGCUUCAGACUGCAGUUGGACAGAAAAUGUCGACUACUGCCAGUAUCUGAUGUGCAGAAGUUUGAAAAUGCUUUUUAUGUUUGUGAAUUUCCUCUUUAAAAUUUCUGACAAAUACUAAAUGGUUAAACACUUA